UUUGAGGAGCUGUGCGCGGGCACGGAAAGAAAAUACAUCAUGGUGUCUGGAAAGGGCGGCGUGGGCAAGACCAGCCUGGCUGCCAGCCUGGCGGUGCGGUUUGCCCAGGAGGGCCACACCACGCUGGUCGUCUCCACCGACCCGGCACACUCCCUGGGGGACUCGCUGGCACAGGACAUCUCCGGCGGCCUGCCGGUGCUGGUGGAGGGCACGGCGCUGCCGCUGUGGGGCAUGGAGAUUGACACCGAGCGGGAGAAGGAGAAGUUCAAGGCGUGGUCGGCAGGCCAGGGCCGCAAGGAGGCGGAGAGCUUCAUGGGCGGGUUUGGGCUGGGGGGCGUGGUGGAGCAGCUGGCAGACCUGAAGCUGGGCGAGCUGCUGGACUCGCCGCCACCCGGGUUUGACGAGGCGGUGGCCAUCUCCAAGGUGCUGCAAUUUGUGCAGGGUGAGGAGUACGCCCGCUUCUCCCGCAUCGUGUUUGACACCGCCCCCACCGGCCACACGCUGCGCCUGCUGACGGUGCCAGACUUUGUUGAGGCCUCGCUGGCACGCAUCGUGCGCCUGCGCAAGAGGCUGGGCAGCGCGUCGCAGGCGGUCCGGGGGCUGUUUGGGGCGGGCGGCAGCCAGGAGGAAGCUGUGGACAAGCUGGAGCAGCUGCAGGCCAGCAUCCGGCUGGUGAAGGACCUGUUCCGGGACCAGCAGGCCACAGAGUUUGUCAUCGUGACCAUCCCCACCGAGAUGGCGGCGGCGGAGUCGAUACGCCUGGCCAAGGCGUUACGCAAGGAGCAGGUCCCGAUCCGUACCCUGGUGGUCAACCAGGUACUGCAGCCCGGCCUGCGGGAGCAGUACCUGGCCACGCGCCGUGCCGACCAGCAGCGCGCGCUGCAGCGCCUGCGGGACGACCCGCAGCUGGCGCAGCUGCAGCUCAUAGAGGCGCCGCUGUUCGAUUUGGAGGUG